AUGAUGAAAAGUAAAGCUUACUUGAUAGCAUCGCUUUUGGAUGAUUGCGACGAUCGAAAAAUGAAAGUAAACUGCGACAGCGAAGAUGAACCUCUCGAACUGACCAGUCGAGAGAAAAUAGACCGCGAUGUCACGGGUUGCUCACAUCAAGAAGAACAAAUGAUGCAUAAAUUUCUCGGCACACCUUGCCGAGACCUAGUACCACUACCUAUGAUGCGACAUGAGAUGCGCAUUCUUUCUGAUAAUAUACUCCCUCAAUCUUUACCAUACAGAUUACCAUUACCACUUCAUUUACAGGGUUUGUCCCCCUACAAUUUGAUAAAUUUACAAUAUUCAACUCGGACGCAACUUAUUCAAAUGCAACAGGCUGUUGGACAGCAAUGGUCAUCAUCAUCAGCUACACCACCGUCAUCAUCGUUAUCAUCGUUAUCAUUGCCACUACCUUCAUCAUCGUCAUCAUCAAUUUCGCCAGUACCGUUAGCAAACAGCCAUAUGAUUCCAUCUGGAGAAAUUAAUUUCAAGUUUCGAAGGAAUUUACACCAUAGACAGCAUCAUUAUCGAGUGCUGAAUGAUAAUCAAUCCAAUAUUAAAAAGUAUCGAUGUGAUAUUUGCGAGAAAACGUUUAGUCGAAGCAACACAUUGGUGACCCAUAAGGUAUACAGUAGCCUUUAA